UCACUGUUUUCUUCUCUUCUUUUCCCAGGAAGGCUUUUUCCUUCGCCGUCACGCGUUAGGGUUUAUAGCUUCCCUUGGUUCUCCGGUGCCAGGUGCCGGGGCUUCCUCGCGAAGACGGUCUACGUUGUGAUUCUCGGCGCAAGUGUUACUCCAUGAUCCGUUCGCCGGUGGCUUUCAGUUUGAUCGAUGGAGUACGUGAAGAACGAUAGCAGCGGAACUGAUGAUGAUCUACCAAAUCCUGGCAUCAUUAGAGCAUCUAAGGGUCUUGCUUGUUCUGGAAUUAUGGCCAUCGCUUCAGGACCAAUGUCCUCUGAUAAAGAUCUGAGGGACAUGGAGUUCCAGGUUCACUGCAUAGAGAUCGAGGCAUAUAGUGCUGUUUUAAGAGCCUUCAUUGCUCAGUCAAAUGAUCUUUCAUGGGGCAAAGAAGAACUUAUAUCAGAAUUACGGAAGGAACUUAGAGUUUCAGAUGUUGAACAUAGGGAAAUUCUCGGGAAAGUCCAUUCUGAUGACUCAAUCAAGUUUUUAAGGGAAUCACUUAAGAAUGCUGAGGCUCAAUUGGCAGCAAUGAAUCCUCCUCCUUUGGGGCCAAACUCUAUGGGCCAUGUACCCUGUAAAAAGUUGAAGCAGGGGCAUAUGACCGUUUCAGCUUCUCCACAGUACCUGACUUAUGCUCAGCCCUCAUCAACUGCUGUUCAAUUACCAGCAAAACAUGCCAGAGAUGACCAAUUGGUUAGAAAGGGGACUUUGUUCUCACCCCAAAGUAAUGGACAAGCUCUGGGUCCGGUUAAUCCAAACGUGCAGCCAAACAAAGUGAAAGCAAGGGGUUCACUGAUAGUCCAGGCUUCCAAGAAGGGCUUUGUUCAUUCAGGAGUUGAUAUUCUGAAACCUGGAUCUGAUAUAAUUGAGAUUCUUGCAACCGAUAAACUCAUACACGAGGUUGAAAGGGUUUGUGGAGGCGAGAACCCUGAACCUGCUCUGGUCCAGAGGGCUAAGCUAAUUCUCAAAGAUCAUGAAAGAGCCCUGCUAGAAGCAAUUGGUAAACUUGCUGAUGUGUCAGAUGGUGAUGACUCUCCUGAUCGAAUUCAGUACAUGAUUCAAGAACCACAGAGUAGAGCACACGUUUUCCCGAACAAUAGGUCGAGAAGCCAUUGCAAGUAAAGGCUAUGGUGGUAAGCAUCAAGGCUUUGUGCUGCAAGUCGAUGAUUAUAAAGGUGGCUAAUGUGCUAUGGUAUGUAAAAGCUUUGUUACUGUAGCUUGAUCGAGGUGUUUUUUGAUCGGAAAUGCUAUCAGGUUGACCAGGGUCAAUUUUUGCCUGUUCCCUGUAAAUAGAUGUAGGACGAAGUCACUUUGUCAUGGGCCGCUCCGCCAUUUGUAUAGGGCUAGGAUUGUUGGUCCAUGAUCUCUUUUGCUCUGUUUUGGGCUUUUGCUGUGUUACACUUUCUUCAAAGCAAAUGCAUAGCCAUUACCACUGACUCUUUGUUA